UACAGUCAAACCAUCUCUCAGCAACCCGCUUUCUCGAGCGCUCUUCCAGCAGCGAGAAGAGGAACAGGUGGCGAUUUGGCGAAGUCGUAGAAGAAACGGAGAGAGAGAGAGAAAGAGAGAGAGAGAGAGAGACCAACCGUACGAGGUACCGCAAUCGAGCAGAUGGCGUCCGACUUCGACACCUUCAGCGAGGAGGCACCCGCCGUCCCUCCUUCCUCCGCCCGCCCUUUCGACGACGAUGACGACGACUACCAGCCCUACAACUCCUACUCCUCCUUCAACCCCCACGACGGCGCCACCGACCUCCCCGCCGCCGACGUACCAUCCGCCGGGGAUUACGGCUUCCCCGCCGAGGAACAUCCCCGCCCCGACUACGGGGGCGGGGAGAGCAUGCUGCUCUCGCCCGAAGGCUACGGAUUCUCGUCAUCGCAGUCCCCGUUUACGAUUCCGGAAUCCAACGGCAAGGGUUACGGCGAGGCGGGGGAUGACGGCGAGAUUUUCUCAUCGGACGGUCCAGUUCUUCCCGAACCCGAUGAGAUGCGGGAAGAGGGUUUCCUCCGCCGCGAAUGGCGUCGCAAAAAUACUCUUGAGCUUGAGGAGAAAGAGAGGAAGGAAAAGGAGCGACGAAAUGAAAUUAUUGCUGAAGCUGAAGAAUUCAAGCGGGCUUUCUAUGAGAAAAGGAAAUUGAACUGUGAAACGAAUAAGACCCAGAACAAAGAGAGGGAAAAGCUAUUCCUAGCCAACCAGGAGAAGUUCCACGCUAACGCAGAUAAAGAAUACUGGAAAGCAAUUGCAGAGCUCAUACCACAUGAGAUCGCCAACAUUGAAAAGAGAAGAAGCAAGAAAGAGCAGGAGAAGAAACCUUCCAUCACUGUGAUCCAGGGACCGAAGCCAGGAAAGCCCACUGAUCUCUCCAGGAUGCGCCAGGUACUGGUGAAGCUGAAACAUGCUCCCCCACCACAUAUGAAACCUCCACCUCCACCUCCACCUCCACCAGCACAGGAGAAAGCGAAGGAUGCCAAGGAUGGCCAGAAAGACAAGGAUGGUCAAACGGCCAAGGAUUCCAAAGUUACUGCUGAGGCUACUGAAAAACAAUCAGCAACUGAAGCCAAAGAUGGUGUCGAAACUGCUUCAGACAAGGAGGCCAAAGCCAAUGGUACAACUGAUUUACCAAAGGGAGAGACCUCCAAGGAAGAAAAGCAGGCAGACUAGGACCUCGAACCUGCUCCCAGUUAUUGAAUCUAAUAGUCAUCUGGCUAAGAAUAAAAAAGCUGAUGUGUUAACAAUGAGUUAUUUGAAUUUCGUAGCAACUCAAAGAUCCUUUUUUUUUUUUCUUUUUAUCUUUGAAACUUUGUUAUUUGUUUGGUCUAUUUAACAACUUAACCUCUAAUACUUUUAUUGAGAUA